AAGUAGCAUGCUUUCUCCAGCAGCACCGGAGCAGUAAGGGUUUUACCGGUUGAUGUCACGCUACCACUGUACUACUUGUCCUAUUCUGUGAACAAACAGAGCCAUACUCGCUUUAUUAGACCGUGUGUUUUACACUGUAAAUCAUUUAGAAUUUUAUUUAUUUUUGCCCAAAACACUGAAGACAGGAUGGAAGGGAAGUUGACAGGUGAACCAGAAAAAUGUAAAUAUCACGAAUCGCCGUUGCCAUCCUUGCCAGAAAAUAAAGAAAAAGAGCUAACUACCAACCACCAAUCCAAUCGAGACCCUAAUUGUGGAACCGACGUAGCUCGUGCAAGAUGGACUCUCCUACGACAGGUGCUGAGACAGAAACAGCUGGACAGUGCAGACUCGGAGGUCAAGCAGGUGUCUGUCCGGAGAUUCUCCUCCUUCAACCUGUUCAACAAAACCAGUGUCAUGCACCAAGAGACCGAUGACCCCUCCGAAGGCCAGUGGGUGGAAUACACAAGUGCUUCCUUCCCAGAGUUCAGUGCCUUUCUCAGAGAUAACCUCGGGCCCAUCAGAGUGAAUGAGGUUCUCAACAGUUUUGACAAUACAGGGAAUGUCUGCCAGGCUCUGUGA